AUGAGGUCUGCGCUGCAAUGUUAUCGUGUUCCAUCGUCAUCAUCCCACACUUCGCGAAUUCAAACAGCUCGUAUGUUCCGCCGUCAGUGUAAGCAGGGUGGUUUCAUCCGGCAAUUCUGGCUAGUGUUACUCACUGCAGCCAUAUCCCUCGCCUUCUCCUCCACCCUCCCUUUCACUCCCGUUUCCGCCUCCAAGUUUGAGCUCAACUCUCCCCGUUUCGGUCGGAAGCCCUUGCACCAGCGCUCUCUGCAUCAGCUUUCCGUCAGCACAGCUUCAAGUGCAUGCUUACACACUGUAGAAGGACGCACCCUUAUCGCGGAUGACCAAGGCCUGGAGGACGUGGAAUUGAAAAUGGAGAUAGGGAAGCCGGGCCAAUCCUGUGACGACACGUGCGCAGAGCGAGGCUUGAAGUGUCAGGCCGACCUCCUCCACCGCAUCAACAACUGCCCUCUGCUCCGUCAUUUCUUCCCCUGCACGCCUGGCUGCUUCGCCUCAAUGGGAGCAGAGCAGCCCGCAGAGGUGGUAGAAGCACCUCUGGGUGAAUCAGCAUGA